AUGGCUACCUUACAACCACUCGACGCCUCGAAAUUGACUUAUGACUAUACCACGACACCGCAACAAGUCCCCGAUCAAGAGACUUUGAAGCGAAGCCAUGGCACAAUCUGCACCGACCACAUGAUCCUCGCAUCAUGGAAAGCCGACAGCGGCUGGUCCGCCCCCGAGCUAAAGCCAUACGGACCCUUGAGGCUUCUCCCCAGCGCAUCCUGCCUGCAUUACGCCUACGAAUGUUUCGAAGGACUCAAGGCCUACCGCGGACAUGAUGGCAAGCUGCGGCUCUUCCGAAACGACCGAAACACCCGCCGACUCCAGAUGUCAGCGGACCGCAUCUCACUGCCCAAGUUCGACCCCAACGCGCUGGAGAGCCUGAUCCAAACAUUGGUGGCAACCGAUGGCCCGAAAUGGCUGCCGAAGGAGCGCGCGGGGGACUUCCUCUAUGUGCGCCCUACAAUGAUCGGCUCGGACUCACAGCUCGGUGUGACGGCGCCAAAGGAAGCAUUGCUGUAUAUCAUCAUCGGGUACAUGGCUCGCAUGGACGCACCCACUGGCGGGAAGCGCCUUCUCACUUCUCCCGAGGGAGCGAUUCGCUCGUGGCCCGGCGGCUUUGGCCAUGCAAAGGUCGGCGCUAAUUAUGGUCCGUCUGUUCUUGCGAGUCAGGAAGCCUUGAAACAGGGCUUUCAUCAGAUUCUCUGGCUGUACGGUCCUGAUGGUGAUUGUACCGAGGCGGGUGGUAGCAACUUCUUCGUCAUCUGGAGGCGAAAGGAUGGUAGGAAAGAGCUUAUCACGGCCCCGUUGGACGAUCAUUUGAUUCUCGAGGGUGUAACUCGUCACAGCUGUCUUGAGUUGGCCAGGGAGCGACUUGGAGAUGAGCUUGUGGUCACUGAGCGCAAGUUCACCAUUGGCGAGGUGAUGGAUGCUGCAGCGGAAGGCCGCAUUCUCGAGUCGUUUUCAGCUGGCACAGCGUGGUUCAUUACUGCAAUCUCGAUGAUCCAGCACCGUGGGAAGGAUAUCACUAUUCCGACUGGUCCUGAUGGCACGCCUGCUUAUUAUGCAAGCAAGUUCAGGGAAUGGCUAGGUGAGAUGAUGUAUGGUCCUGUCGAGCAUGAAUGGGUGAAGGUGGUGUCAGAAAAGGGGGUUGGUAACUAG